GUCUUGUCACAGUUUCCACACUGGCUGUGGAACAUAGUCCAUCACAAAGUAGUAGUCUGGUGUCUCAUGUCUCUUUAAAUGCGGGCUGCGUAGAUCCUUCAUGAAUGAAACCAUGUGAUCCAAACAUCAUUUGACGUCUGGCGCCUCCGACCAUAGACUAAAACAAGCGAGGAAGGAGUGGAUAUAUGUAGAGACCUGCGAGAAGGCGUGAGCGGAAAAAAAACAUUUCUCCAACUGUCUCUCUCCACACCGGGUCGACCAAACAUCGGCGAAACCUCAACCGUCGACGGUGCGGUGGGCGAAAAGGCGCCUGUUUGACUUCUGGUCUGUUCAGAAGAGCAAGGCUCUUGUGGCAUGACGACGACUAACAAAGGAAACAAAGCCUUGAAGGUGAAGCGAGAGCCGGGGGAGAAUGGCACCAGCCUGACGGACGAUGAGCUGGUGACCAUGUCGGUGCGGGAGCUGAACCAGCACCUCCGAGGGCUCACCAAAGAGGAGAUCCUACAACUGAAACAGCGACGACGCACCCUGAAGAACCGGGGCUACGCCGCCAGCUGCCGGGUGAAGCGAGUCACCCAGAAGGAGGAGCUGGAGAAGCAGAAGGCCCAGCUGCAGCAGGAGGUGGACAAACUGGCCAACGAGAAUGCUUCCAUGCGUGUUGAGCUGGACGCUCUGAGGUCUAAGUACGAGGCGUUACAGACCUUUGCCAGGACUGUGGCCCGGAGCCCCACUGUUGGGGUCGGGGUCCGGGCCGGAGGGGGAGGAGGAGGUGGAGGGGUGGCGUCAUCCGUCAUUGGUCCACUCAUACCAGGGAAGGUGGCAACAGCGACAAGCGUGAUUACAAUAGUGAAGUCAAAAACAGAUGCGCGGUCUUGAGGGAGGGAAAAGAUAGAGGGGGGUGGGUCAGGAUGGAGUUCAGCUGCAGCAGAGUAAUUCUUGUUGUCUGUCGGCCACCUCUCCUCCACCUGCACUGACUUCAAACAGCUGGGCAGUUAUGCUCACAUCGCCCUUAUAGCACGUUCCCGUCACCUGUGUCAGAUCAGUGCAGGUGAAGGAGAGGAUGGAAGCAGCACAAUAAAGAUGCAAGCCUUUGGUCAGAGCAUGAUCAUUUAGCACAGGACAGAUACACAGGGUUCCUACGGUCACUGAAAGUCUGGAAAAGUCAUUUUAUUUCAGGCCAAGGAGGAAAAAAAAACAGAAAUCAAAAAAUAGAAUUGCCCAAAAUCAUGCUAUUUUGUUCAGUUAUCAUUUAAAUCAGUUGAAUGUUCAGUGUCAAGUUUAACUGCUCGUGGAUCCAGACAUCAGUACUUUAUAAUCAUGUCACACGUUUGCACACUACAUUUGAAGUAGCUGAAUCAAGAUGCAGAACAUUUAAAACAACACAAAUAGUCCAACACGUGGAUUACAUAUGUUUAAACAUAUGUAAUAUAAUUUGAAAGAAUUAGUUUCAUUGACACAAACAGAACAGGGUCCCUGGUUGCUGGACACUUCCAAAACAAUACACAAGAUUUGAUGUGACGUGCU